CUUAAACUUAAGUUCGGCUCCACACACACACACACACACCAACGAGCGCGAUCACUCAAAGCCACUCACUCACUCACUCAGAAUUUGCGCCGCAUUUGAUCGUCGCAACCUCUUUCUCACCGCCGCCUCCACCGCCCCCGGCGACCUUCAGAGGAGAGAAGAGAGAGAAAAAUGCAGAGUCUUGCUGUUCCAUAAUCGCCGAUCGGUCGCCGGAAAAGCUUGAUCGACCUCGAUCUUCGAAGCAGUGCUCCGGCGUUUGACUUGACUGACUGACUGAGCUUCUUUGGAAGGUUUAUUGAUGGCUUCGGAGGACGUGAAGAGCGGGGAAUCUGCGGUUUCGACGAUCGUAAAUCUGGCUGAAGAAGCUAAGCUCGCGAGAGAAGGGGUUGGGGCUCCGAGUUUUGCUGUUCUUAGUAUCUGCAAGUCUCUCGUUGCCGGAGGAGUCGCCGGAGGACUGUCACGCACUGCUGUAGCUCCAUUGGAACGGUUGAAAAUAUUGCUUCAGGUACAAAACCCGCAUAAUAUAAAGUACAAUGGUACUGUUCAAGGCCUGAAGUAUAUAUGGAGAACUGAGGGCUUCAGAGGAUUAUUUAAAGGCAAUGGUACUAAUUGUGCGCGUAUUGUUCCAAAUUCAGCAGUCAAGUUCUUCAGCUAUGAGCAAGCUUCUAAGGGUAUCUUAGCUUUAUACCAGCAGCAAACUGGCAAUGAAGAUGCUCAGCUCACUCCUGUAUUACGCCUUGGAGCUGGAGCCUGUGCUGGAAUAAUUGCCAUGUCCGCAACAUACCCUAUGGACAUGGUUCGUGGCAGACUGACUGUGCAGACAGAGAAGUCUCCUUAUCAGUACAGAGGAAUAUUCCAUGCUUUAUCCACUGUGCUCCGAGAGGAAGGCCCACGGGCUUUGUAUAAAGGCUGGCUUCCUUCUGUCAUUGGUGUUAUUCCAUAUGUGGGACUCAACUUCGCGGUGUAUGAAUCUUUAAAAGAUUGGUUGAUUAAAAGUAGACCUUUUGGACUUGUUGAAGAUACUGAGUUGAGUGUGACCACACGGCUUGCCUGUGGAGCUGUUGCUGGCACUGUUGGCCAAACUGUUGCUUACCCUCUUGAUGUCAUUCGUCGCAGAAUGCAAAUGGUGGGAUGGAGUAAUGCUGCUUCUGUCGUCACAGGCGAUGGGAGGAGCAAGGUUCCACUUGAAUAUACAGGCAUGAUUGAUGCUUUCAGGAAAACUGUUCGGCAUGAGGGUUUUAGAGCACUUUACAAGGGUUUGGUCCCCAAUUCAGUGAAGGUUGUCCCAUCCAUAGCUAUUGCUUUUGUGACGUAUGAGCAGGUGAAGGACAUCCUUGGAGUCGAGAUAAGGAUAUCAGACUAACAGGCUGGAAACUCUGAUCUCUGUUCAACAGCUGCGCUAUUUUUGUAGCUAAGGGAGAGAGACAUUGUAAACCAGGAGUCAUGUCUCGUCUCAUAUUGAGAGAGGGAGAGGGAGUUUAGAGAUUUGUUUGUACCAGUGUUACAAUUUUUGCUCCCUCUCUUGUUUAGCUGUGUAUGUUUCUUUUGAACAUGCUUUAUUGUCAGUAAUAAUAAGCAUUUGUGAGGAACGACGCUACGUGGGCAUUCGCCUGCCUGCCUUGCUGUUCAAGUCAAGCAGGCUUGGCAGAGGGAUACUUUUUAAUUGGAGAAUGCAAAAAUAAUUUUUCAAUAGCAGACUACAA